UUUCAUAAUAUUCUAUAGUUAUAAUUCAUCACAAGAUUUCAUUCAUAAAACUUAAAUUUGACAUUUCAUCACAAAAAUCAAAAUGGCGGAUCUGAAAAAGAAGAACCUUCUAUUAUUCUUCGACCGCCCGACUGAGCCAUGCUUCAUGCAAAAAGGAGACGAAAAGGCCGUCUUCGACAUUCCGGAUCAUUACUAUCCGGAAAAAUACCAGAGUCUCUCGAACAAACUGGCAAACAGAUUCGGAAACGAUGCAAAUCGAACUAUUUUAAUUCGGAACAUCGCCUUACCUAACCUGGACUUCGCAAAGCAACUACCCUACAACGAUCAGUUCUCCGUCUUCUUACCCACACACAGACAGAUGGCUGGCAAGUUAACUGAUAUAUUUCUGGGAAUGCGGGACAUUGAUGAUUUGACAUCUAUAUUGUCCUACUGCCAGCUUCAUAUUAACCCGUAUAUGUUUAACUACUGUCUGUCCGUCGCGUUGAUGCACAGAAAUGACACAAAAGGCAUGGACAUUCCGCCUCUUACGGAGACAUUCCCCGAUAAAUUCAUGGACCCAAAAGCAUUUCGUCAAGCUCGACAAUCAGCGAGUGUUGCAAAAACAGGCCCGAGGCUUCCUGUACUAAUACCUCAGAACUUGACGGCAUCAGAUCAAGAGCCGGAGCAACGCGUGGCUUAUUUCCGUGAGGACAUCGCCCUCAACCUUCAUCACUGGCAUUGGCAUCUAGUUUAUCCCUUCGACCUGACAACAGGGGGCAUUGUUGAUAAAGAUCGCCGUGGAGAGCUCUUCUACUAUAUGCAUCAACAAAUUGUAGCAAGAUACAACGUUGAACGCUUCUGCAACAACCUGGGUCGGGUGAAAAUGUAUAAAGACUUCAAUGAACCUAUCGAAGAAGCGUACUUCCCCAAACUGGACUUAAAGGUUGCAAGUCGAGCUUGGUCGCCCAGAUUUCCAGGCUCAGUUGUAGUCGAUUUAGAUAGACCAGUAGAACAAAUCAAGAUGGAAGUAUCAGAAAUGGAGAGAUGGAGAGAUCGUAUUAUACAAGCUAUUGAAGAAAAUGCUGUUCUUCUACCUGGAACUACUGGUCGUAAAAUGCCAUUGGAUCCUGAAACUGGCAUCGACAUCCUCGGCAACAUAAUGGAGUCUUCCAUCCUCAGCGUCAACAGAAACUACUAUGGGGAUUAUCACAACAUGGGCCAUGUGUUCAUCUCUUACGUACACGACCCGGAUCAUCGCUUUUUGGAAAGACCUGGAGUAAUAGGUGAUUCAGCGACAGCAAUGCGUGAUCCGAUUUUCUACCGCUGGCAUGCCCAUAUCGACGACAUAUUCCAGAUGUACAAGAGUAAACUGCCUCCCUACACGCGAGACAAUUUGGUGUACAACAAUAUUACUGUGACUUCAAUCAAAGUAGAAGGUCCCUCCGGCACCAAUGUUUUUGGAACAUUCUGGGAGCGCAGUACCGUGGAUCUGGGCCGUGGCAUGGACUACACGCCGCGUGGUAGCGUGCUGGCCCGCUUCACGCAUUUACAACACGAGGAGUUCAACUAUGUUAUCGAAGUGAACAACAGAAGAGGGCAAUAUGCAUUGGGCACAAUCCGUAUAUUCAUGACACCUGUAUUCGAUGACAACGGCAACAGAAUGUCAUUCAACGAUCAGAGGAAACUCAUGAUCGAGCUCGACAAAUUCACUCAAGCCAUGAAACCGGGUUUGAACACGAUCCGUCGAAAGAGCUUGGAUUCAUCUGUGACAAUCCCAUACGAGAGGUCAUUCCGUAACCAGUUGAACAGGGGAGGCACCGCCGGGAACCAGAGUGUGGCGGAAUUUGACUUCUGCGGCUGCGGCUGGCCACACCACUUGCUCAUACCCAAGGGCACCACUAAAGGCUACCCCGUGACCCUGUUUGUUAUGUUCUCUAACUGGAAUGACGAUAGAGUCGCCCAAGAUUUGGUGGGUAGUUGCAAUGACGCUGCAUCGUACUGCGGUAUUCGGGACAGACGUUACCCUGACAAGAGAUCUAUGGGAUACCCCUUCGACCGUCCCGGAGCACCUUACGUUAGAAAUCUUCAAAACUUCAUCACAGAGAACAUGGCUAUCACCGACUGCACGAUUCGUUUCACCGAUGAAGUCAGAGAUCGCAAACAAUAAUGCGUUUUUAAAUUAUAGUUAGUAUUAAUUUAAUGGGUCAAUAGAUUUAGAAGAUGUAUUAAAUAUUUUGUACAUAAUCAUUUUAUUUAUAAGUCUGAAUUAUAAUUAUGCCUUUCAA